UCCUGAAGGAUUGUUGUUCCUGCUUCAAACUCUUGCAGACACGCGCUGCUUCUUUCGCCUCGCUUUCCUUUAUGCCUCGCUUUCCUUCACAGCCCAUAGAGGGCUUGGCAGGGGAAGCAAGAUCAACAAGUCUCCCAGCUUAAUGGAAAAAAAUGACUUCGUUCCUGGCAUUUAUGGGACCAGUCUCCCACUGAGCUGCUUCACACACCAGAUACAACACAAUUGUGGUCUGGAUUCUGAUGGCUCUACUCAAAAUAAAUUAAAUUCACCAGGAGAUAAAGUUGUCACUGGAGGUGUUCAUGGAAGCACAUUCUAUAAGGACCAUUAUAAAGCUGCAGUGGAACAGCUGGCAGCUCUUAGCUUGUCAAAAAAUACUAGGACAGCACAGCUCAAUCCAAACAGCAGCAAACAGGGGGCAUUCCAUACCUGGAGCUAUCUGCACCACCAAGGCAACAAUUCAGUAAGCAGAGAUUUCAGUAAACCUUCUGCAGAAAAGCCAUCUAGCUCCAAUGAUACUCCAACAACCCUCAACACCAAUCCAACGCUGGUAGGUUCUCACCCUGCGAAUAAGUACCAGUCAGUUUCAUAUCCUGGAACCCAGCAGACAGAGAACUGCAGCAGAAAUGGAGAUGGGGACUUUUUCAAAAAGACCCAUGAAACCUUUGUUUCCAGUCAUAGUGAAGAUACGCUUUCUGUAACAAAAUUGAACUUGAAAACAGGAGACAGCCACGGAGAGGACAAGCUUUUAGCCAAGGAAAAGGAUGCAUCUGAGGGUGCAAAAAACAGGUCAGUUUUGCUAAAAUAUUUAAAAAAGGCAAAUCUUAAUCUAAGACCAGAGCCUAUAGAAGACCUAGAAACUUCUUCUACUGAGUGUGAUACAGGAUUUUCAUAUCCCGAUUUCCUUCCUGCACCUUACAAUACAUUGGAUUUACAAAAAUUGUCCUUAUCCAAGGGGGAUGAUUGGAAAUUAUCAUUUGAGCCACCACUGCAAGGGUCACUUGAUAAACUACUUUCUCGCUUAGUGGAAAUGGAAAGAUUACAGCAUUUGACAAUAUUAAAAGAAAGGACAAAGGAACUAUCUGCUUCUCCUACCACGAGCAACCGCCCCAGUUCUACAAAAGAUGUGUAUCAGUUGAAGCAGUUGAAAUCAACUGAUUUUUUGUGUCCUCAGGCAGCCUUUGAUGGAGAUUUUCACAAUUUUGGCAGUUGUAUGAAGGAAACAGACAUCUCAAAGUGGACUUGUCACCAUUGUCAUAAUAAAUGGAAUUCUGGACCAGUUCUCCCUCUACGUUCAAAGCACCUGCAAGCACCCUACAACAAGAGCACGAAGGCGCCAGUGAUUGUAGACUCCGGCAACAUAGCUGCCCGAAAGUCUCUGUCAUGCUCUAGAAGUUCAACAAGAAUCCAUUCGACUGUCAAGAAACCUUCACGCAACACACCUGCAGUUUUUUCUUUAGCUGGCAGUGAAAGUUCAAAAUGUAAACUGCCAAGGAACAGAAAGAAACCUUGUAGAAAUAAUAUUGCAUUAAUGAGCAAACCUUUCAGCUCUCACAGAUUAAAAUGUUUGUCUGUUCUGGCAAAGGCCAAGCAGUCACAGGUUGACCAUCAGUGAUCUGUUGAAUUUGGUCGUUAGGCCAGAAGCACUUCAGAACAUUGCGUCCAGUUGUCAUUUGUAUUAUAUUAGAGUAUCAGAUGUUUUUCCUUAGCAAUCAUUUUAAUUAUUCCUGCUUUAGUAGUGGUGAACUGGCUAGAAACAACUAUAAUCAGAGUUUUCUUUGAGCUUUUUUUUAAGGCAGCAUUCAAAUUUACUUUUUACUAUAUUUAUAUUGAAUUGUAAAUAAAGUGUAGCAUGUGG